AAUCAAACACAAUUAUUUUGCACGGUAAUAAUAUGCUCUCUAUUGUUUCAUUGUGUUUGUGUUAGAUGAGCUGCGCAGUCGACGCCAUGACAAUGUUUGGAUAUUUUAUCCUCCUCUGUUUCCUCUUCUUUCACUUGCCUCUCUGCCACAGCCUCAAUCAGCAUCCACAAUUUGUUGAAGAUAACAUUAAGUGCCUCAACGAGACUAAAGCAGAAUUGACUGAUCCAAAUCAGUCUCUUUUCACCUGGCGGUUUGGGAACAGCAGCCAAGGCUUUAUCUGCAACUUCGUUGGAAUACAGUGCUGGCAUAACGAUGAUGGCGCAACGCUUAGCGUUAAGCUCCCUGGAAUGGAGCUUUCCGGACAUUUCCCCAGCGGCUUGAAAUACUGUGGGAGCUUGACUAACUUGGAUCUCUCUAGCAAUAGUCUUUCAGGUCCAAUCCCAAGGGAUCUCUGCAAAUGGCUUCCCUUUCUUGUGCAAAUUGAUCUUUCAUCAAACAGCUUUACUGGGUCGAUACCCGCCGAGCUCGCUAAUUGUACUUAUCUGAAUGUCCUUCACUUAAACGACAACCAACUUGAAGGCUCGAUACCAUGGCAAUUGUCGCGGCUGGAGAGGCUUAACGACUUCAAUUUUGCAAAUAAUAUGCUUACAGGUCCAAUACCCUCUAAGUGGGUCUCUAAUAGCAGCGACCUUUUCCUGGGUAACCCUGGAUUAUGUGGGGAACCCUUCAACAGGGGAUGUGAAGGACCAAAUUCAGUGAAUCCGGUUGUUGUUGCUGCGUUUGUGCUCUACGGAAUUGUGAUUAUUACCUGGAGCAUUCUCGGCAUUCGCUGCUGGAUUUCAAGACAAGCAUCUCGAGGAUCGCCACUGCCGCCACUUAAGCAGUCCUUUGAUCGUCUGAAAGCUCGCAGGUCCAAAACAGUUUGCUUGUUCGAAAAGCCCAUAAAAAAGAUGAGAGUGGGUGACCUUGUGGAUGCUACCCACAACUUCAGCGAAGACAACAUAAUAUGGAGCGACAGCACAGGGGUGUUUUACAAGGCUGAGCUACAGGACGGCUCUUUGUUGAGCGUAAAGAGGCUGAGGAGAUGCGAUCGGAGUGAAAAGGAGUUCAAGUGGGAGAUGAAGACUUUAGGGCAUCUCAGGCAUCGCAAUCUGCUCCCACUUCUGGGUUACUGCACUGCGGACGACCAAGAGAGGCUGCUCGUCUACAAAUACAUGGCCAGAGGAACUCUCCUCAAUUGCUUCCACGGCCUCCACAGAGAUCAGAAUGAGUUGGACUGGCCCACCAAACUUAGGAUUUGUAUCGGAAUUUCAAGAGGACUGGCGUGGCUUCAUCACAUCUGUAAUCCUCAUGUCAUCCACCGCAACAUAAGUUCAGGAGUUAUUUACUUGGAUGAAGAUUACGAGCCCCGCAUCAGUGGGUUCGGAUUAGCCAGAUUCACCGGCGAUGAAGGGGAGAUUUGCAUAAGCAUUUCUCCCGAGCAGAUUUCAGUGACUGAAUUCCAAUAUGAAGCGCCGGAACAGUGGAGGAAUAUUCCGUGUUUGGCCACAUUGAAAGGUGACGUGUACAGCUUUGGAGUAGUUGUGGUUGAAGUGAUAAGUGGAUUAAAGCCUGGGGAUGUAGUGAUGGAAAAGGAAAGUGGUAAAGAAUUAACCCUGAUCGAGUGGAUACGUGGCAACAGCACGCACACAGAGCGAGUAAUUGAAAAAUAUGUAGAAGAGAAGUGUUCAUCGUCAGAAGAAGAAAAAUCAGUGGUGGAGGAGUUGAUGGAGAUUGGUUUUAGGUGUGUAAGAUAUAACCCGGAAGAAAGGCCUUCGAUGUAUCAAGCGUACCAGUCUUUGUCUAAAAUUGGAGAGAAAUACGGAGUUUGGGGCAAUGAAGAGGAAAUACCCCUUCGGUUGAAAUAUAAUUAACUGUCGUGUGAAAGUGGUGUUCAAAGUAGAUAGUUCAAAUGUUGUAUUUAAUUCUCUCCAUUUAUUCUUAAACUAUUUUAAAAUUUUUUGCACCGUUCUAUAUUUCACAUUAUUCAUGCUUGAA